GUACAUUUGCACCUACGAGGCUAACAUGGCAAAAAACAUCAAACGAGGAAGGCAAAGAAACUGGUCAAACAUAUCUCCUUCUGAAAUUUCUUCAGCUCAAUGGCCCUUCAGAUAUUGUGAUAUUGAAGAAGUUAAUAGCUGUGAGGAAGUUUUUGGAAUUGAGUUAUGGGAUCAAAUACAGGCAAAAAAAAAUAGAUUUGAGUGUACAAGCUCAUGGAAUGGGAAACAGAUGAUAAAAAGCAGACAGAUGAUAUCCAGGAGUGAAUUAAGCUGUGGAAAUCCUCAUGAUCAAGCUAGAAACCUUUUCAGUCUACUUCUUUUGAAACAUUUUGAGGACAGUUUUCUUUCACAACAAGAAAUAAGAUUGCAGCCAUUUGAAAUAUAUGUAGCUCCUGGUCGUUAUGUAGAAUAUAAACCACAGGUUGAUAUAUGUUUAUUGGAUCCGAAUAAGGACGGAACAAUCUGCUUAAACAUAAUUGAAAUAGUUGGAGUACUGAUACAGUACUAG